AUGGCGCCGCAGCCGCUGCCGGAGGAGCUGGUGGAGGAGAUCCUGCUCCGGUUCCCACCCGACGACCCCGCGCGCCUCGUCGACGCCGCCCUCGUCUCCGGCGCCGGCUUCCGCCGCAGGUUCCGCGAGUUCCACCGCACCCCACCCCUGCUUGGCUUCGUCUCCAACAUCCGCAUCCAAGGCGACUGCGGCGCGGCCAAAUUCGUCCCCACCUGCUCUUUGCCCGCGUCCCAAGUCCACAGCCGCUGGAGGGGGCGCGUCAUCGACGCCCACCACGGCCGCGUCCUCCUCCACAGGAUCUCCGGUGGUUGGGGUCUCCCUGGUCCGAUGUUCUUAUGGUCUGGGAUCCUACCACGGACGAGCAGGAAGAAGUGCCCAUUCCGCCUGUGCCACGGUACUCACACAACUGGACAGCGGCGGUUCUCUGCGCUGCCGGCGGCCCCUGCGACCACCUUGAUUGCCGCCGGGAUCCCUUCCUCAUCGUUUUCGUGGGCUAUGAUCGGGAACAUGUCGAGACAGUCCUUUGCACCUACUCAUCCAGAAAUUUCUUGGAUUCAAAUGCCACCUACAUGCUCCAGCAAGUGGCCUUAUGUGCUCAAUACUACAGAGGGUGGUGGACAUGGGUUUGCCACCAUACUUGAGUCCUCAAAACUCUACGUGUGGUCCAGGGAUGGUGUUUCUGAAGUAGAUGCUACAUGGACACAAAGCAGAGUCAUUGAGCUUAAGACACUGCUCCCUGUUCAUGCUGUCUUGGCCUCACCUAGAGUGCUUGGCUUCACAGUUGGUACUGGUGUCAUUUUUGUGAGGUCGAACAAUGUUCUUUUCGUGAUUGAUUUAAAGACAUAUAAGGUGAUUAAGGAGAUUUCCAUGGCAAACGAGAUCUACACCAUCGUUCCUUACAUGAGCUUCUACACUCCAGUGGCAAUGCUCUCAAAUAGUUUCAACAGAAGUCCACUGGAUGUCCUUGCUAAAAUGUGUGUGUGGCAAUGCUCUCAAAUAGUUUCAACAGAAGUCCACUGGAUGUCCUUGCUAAAAUAUAUUUUUAGUUCACUUACAAAUGAAAAGCAUGGAAAGGUUGAAAGGGUAGCUGCUAUGGAGACUGACUGGAGAGUCAGAGCUGAAAGUUUGAGAAACAUCCACACACCAUACAUGAGUAAUGGUUUUUGA